AUGUUUACUAAGAUUGUUGUUAUCGCCGUGGCCCUGUUUGGCUUGGCUCAAGCUGGGGCUUUGGCCGGCUAUGGCGCAGGGCUUGGCUAUGGCGCUGGGGUCGGCUAUGGCGCUGGGGUCGGCUAUGGCACAGGGCUCGGCUAUGGCGCUGGGGUCGGCUAUGGCGCUGGGGUCGGCUAUGGCGCAGGACUUGGCUAUGGCGUAGGGCUCGGUUAUGGCGCUGGCCUUGGCUACGAUGGGCUCGGUUUGGGAUACACCGGCGCUCCUGCGACUUCAUUCGUCCACCGCGUUGACUAUAACACUGGUCACGGUGGUCACGGGGCUGGCUACGGGGCCGGUUACGCUGGCUACGGUGGUUAUGGAGCUGGCUACGGUGGCUACGGCGCUGGUUACGGACGCGGACUCUAUGGUCACGGUGGCUGGUAA